GCUGGCUCAUUUGCGGACCAGGUCUGAGCAUAUUUGCGGGUCUUCGGACGUUUGCGGGUUUCGCAGAGCGCCCGGGAGCAGCGCCCUCCGUCACGUCAGCGAUCACGUGUCUUCUGCCAAGAUUCGCUGAGGAGGGAGAAAAGUUUGGGCAAGGCCGACGAGCUGCGGCGAAGCGGCUGCACACGACUCAGGAAGUUCACCCCUUAUCGAUAGCGCGCAUCCGAGCGGCGAUGGUGCCCGUGACCCAGAAACUGUUGACGUCGGGAUUCAGCCUGGACCUGUCCCCCCUGAAGGAGCCCUUGGCGUUCAUCCGCCUGCUCGAAUGGGUGUUCUCCAUAUUCGCCUUCGGUACGGCCGGAGGUUACAGUGGCUCCUCCAGCAUCAACGUCCAGUGCCACCAGGGCCCCACUCAAGAAAUCCAGGUGUACUUUAAGUACCCGUUCAGGUUGAUGGACUAUCCCUAUAAUGUUCCCACCUGUAAUAUCAACCAUACUGACACCACUACACGCUACCUGACUGGAGACCUGUCGUCCUCGGCUCAGUUCUUCGUCUUCAUCGGCGUGGCGGCCCUUCUCUACUGCAGCGCCACAUUAGUCCUCUACUUGGGCUACAAGAACGUGUAUAGAGGAACCAGCCGUGGACCCACCGUGGACCUGUUGAUAACUGGCGCUUUAACCUUCUUGUGGUUGACAUCGUCCUCUGCGUGGGCUAAAGGCGUGUCUGACGUGCGGACGGCCACCAGCCCUGCACACAUUAUAGCAUUUCUCGACAUUUGCGAGGGUGAGCUCAACAAGUGCACGGCAGGAGCGACGCCUUUCAUGGGCCGACUCAACGUCUCCGUGAUCUUUGGUUUUCUUAAUCUCAUCCUGUGGGGUGGCAACUGCUGGUUCAUAUACAAGGAAACGCCUUUCCACAAAUCGUCCAACCAGCCAGCAGGUGUGGAGCAAGUAGCUGCAGCACAGUAACUUCACCGCUUCUCAUCCCCACGUUGUUAAAUUUGGUACCAAUUGGUAAAAGGUAAUACAGGACAAUAUAUAUAUUUCUAUAACUAAGCUUAUAGGGUUUUUUUUAUGUAGGACUGUUUUUGAAAGAAGUGACAGGAAUUAAACAGGGUUGAAAAAUACUGCACUUCGUUUACUGUGUAACAUUUAACGUCCAAAGAGUUCAAAUGAUGUGGUUAAUACAUCAUGCAGUUUGCCACCCAGUAGCAUUUUUAGUUUCUCCAAGACGCAUCUGUUUGCUAUCAGCAGUGUGUUGAACAGGCUCAGCUUCAUCUAACAAAUAUUAGAAAACAUGAAGUACAUUCUUCCAGAAUGUACAUGUAGUCAAACACAAGUUGCAGUCCAUCCCAAAGGUACAAUAAGCCGUGUGGUUGCAGUGAGUAACUAGGUCUAAAUUAGAGAUUAUUUGUAUUUGAACUGACUUGUGCUGUUUUUCCCCUUCUUGCCAUUUUGUGCCGUUAGUGGGUAACAGUAUGUUUUACUUCAUUAACCAUUUUGCUUUAUAAGAAGUUCUGUUUUUCCUACAGUUAUUUUUGGCAGGACAUAAUGCAUGUUGACACAUUUUUGAAUCUUCCAAACUUGACCGGUUCUAUAAUCUCUAACUUCUGAGUUCUUCUUGACUUUAUACUUUACUGACUUUCUUACUACUUAUUACAACUACUACUUAUAUAUUUUUUUUACCUGGCGUCUUCCUUAUAAGUACAGUAACCUAUUCAUUGUUACUGCUUUUGGUCAGAUCUUCUUUGAUACAGCUUCAAAUUAAGUCUUGAACUUGGAAAAAUGCAGUUUAACACGCGACUGUUCUAAUAAUUUUUCCUAUAAUUCAUGAACAGGGUGUUAAAUUAUUGUGCCUGAUUAAAAGAAACUGUCUGAUUGGU